AUGAUUCAACCAGAUUAUCCAUCUGCAAUGGGAUUAUUAUCUCAUUUGAAUUCGGACGAGUUAAAGGAAAUGCUAAAUGAUGACACGAAAUUCGAUUCAAUUUUAAAAGAUGUCAAACAGGUAAAGGACUGGGAAACGGAAAAGGAAACAAUAAUAGUGAGUAACAGAUCAUUAGCUGAGUAUAACUUGAGCAAAGAACCAGAGCUUCAAGGGUUGAAGGCUGAAGUCCAAGAAAAAUCAGAAGUUGGGGAAAACCUGUGUAGUCGUAUUCAAGAACUUCUUGAUGAGUAUAAGACAAAAUCAGCUGGUAUCUCACCAGAUACGACAUUAGCACUAUUACAAACGGCAGCAGCUGAAUCAGAAGAAGAAUCUGAAAACAUUGCACAAGAUUUUCUGACAGGAAAAAUUGAUGUUGACAAAUUCCUUGAAGACUUUGAACAAAUCAGAAAGACAAUGCACCUCAGGAAAUUCAAAGCAGAGAAAAUGGGUGAACUUUUAAGAAGUGGUCAGAGUUCUUUUGGUAAUGGGGUAUCAAAACCAUAUUUACCAUAUCCAAGCUAUGCUAACGCUCAAGGUGUUCAAAAUGUACCUUACCCAAUGGGUCCCUUAAACAUGCCUAUGCCUGGUAUGUACGGAAACCAUUUUUGA